AUGAUCGUGUCCUCCGCGGAGGCGCGCUCGGACUCGAGCACCCCGCGCGCGCUCAGCCCCACCGGCCACGCGCUGGUGGCCGCGUGCCUCGGUCUGAUCGGCGCGCUCGGCAUCCUCAAUAACCUGCUGGUGCUCGUGCUGUUCGGCCGCUACAAGGCGCUGCGCUCGCCCAUCAACCUGCUGCUGCUCAACAUCUCCGUCAGCGACCUGCUGGUGUGCGCGCUCGCCACGCCGUUCAGCUUCGCUGCCAGCGCGCGCGGACGCUGGCUGAUCGGAGAGGAGGGCUGCGUGUGGUACGGCUUCGCCAACUCGCUGCUGGGAAUCGUGUCCCUCAUCUCACUGGCCGUUCUCUCGUAUGAGCGAUACUCUACCAUGAUGGGCCCAACAGAGGCUGACGCCACUAACUACAGGAAGGUGGCGAUGGGCGUGCUUUUAUCCUGGGUUUACUCCCUCUUCUGGACUCUGCCUCCUUUCUUUGGCUGGAGCCGCUAUGGUCCCGAGGGACCCGGCACCACCUGCUCAGUGGACUGGACCGCCAAGACGGCCAACAACAUCUCCUACAUCAUCUGCCUUUUUAUCUUCUGCCUUAUCCUUCCUUUCCUCGUCAUAGUCUACUCCUAUGGUAAGCUGCUGCAUGCUAUCAAACAGGUCAGUGGGGUGAACACGACCAUGGGCCGCAAGCGGGAGCACCGUGUCCUGUUUAUGGUCAUCACCAUGGUGGUCUGCUACCUGCUCUGCUGGCUUCCUUACGGCAUCAUGGCCCUGCUGGCCACAUUUGGAGACCCAGGCCUCAUCACAGCGGAGGCCAGCAUCGUGCCCUCUCUGCUGGCCAAAACCAGCACAGUCAUCAAUCCCAUCAUCUACAUCUUCAUGAACAAACAGUUCUACAGAUGUUUCCGAGCGCUCCUGAAAUGCGAGACGCCACAGCGAGGCUCCAGCUUGAAGAGCUCAUCCAAAGCACACAAACCCACUCGAGCCACGAGACGCAAUGACAACAACUUUACCUGCAUGGCAGCUUCAGUCGGCCACACGACAGCGGUGCCCCCGUCAACAGACGCUGCGAAACCGCCAAUGGUAUCCCUGGUGGCUCACUACAACGGCUGA